AAUCGACUGCAAGAAAGCCUCGCCUUGUUCAAGACCAUCCUCUCCUACUCCUUUUUCCAGGAGUCCUCCACCAUCCUCUUCCUGAACAAAAAGGACCUGCUGGAGGAGAAGAUCUCACGCUCUCAUUUGGCGACAUACUUCCCGGCCUUCAAAGGUCCUCAGGGAGAUGCCAAAGCAGCACAAGAGUUCAUCUUGCAAAUGUACGUGCAGAACCACGGCGACCAUCCCAAAAGUCUCUACAAACACUUCACCUGUGCCACGGACACCAAGAACAUCAAGAUCGUCUUCAGCUCGGUCAAAGACACAAUCUUCCAGGAGAACAUUGGCGUAUUUAACCUGGAAUAAGGCGGGGUGCAGACGGACAGAGUGACGCUUUUCAGGAAGAAGAAGGAGCCUUCGGUCACAUGUCGUAAAACGUUAUGGACUUUUUUUUAAUCUCUUGUCGGCUGCAGUGUGUUCAAAGACAUCAAAGGUAGGCAGCCGUUCCAGGUAAGAGACUGGAAAUGUGUAUUGUUAUCAUAUUUAAGAAAACCCCCUGAAAACAAGUGCCGGAUUUUAGGGUUUGUUCGGGUGGUUUUUAUUUAUUCCCUUCUCAUUUUAAGCAAUUUAUUUGUUUUCUCUUAGGAUUACCUUCACUUACUUAUCUUUAAAAAAGCUUUAAUGUUUUGCUAAUGUAAAGCAACUUUAGCUACCCUGAGUGCUAUGCAAAUGUUAUGUAUGAUCAUUAUUAUUAUUAUUAUGAAAUAUAAUUAAAUAAGAAUUAUUUAAUUUACAUUAAUAUGAUUUAAUGUAAUGAUAAUAAUAAUAAUAAUAUAAGAAGUAGUCGCCCCUUAAGCAAUAACUUUUUGUUGUGAUGAAUGUAAAUGAUAGCACAGUUAGCUCGCUGCUGCACCACCUUCUUGAUACAGCUGUAAAUAAACAUCUUGUUUAAUUUUGGAAAUUAUUACAUCUAUUUUUAUUCCAAUAAAUGUUGACUUUUGGACUUUAAAACGCGAAAUGUUUCAUAAAUUUUUUUUAAUCUAAUUGUACUAACAACAUUAUCUUAGCCUCAUGUUAAAAUGAAAGAUACACAGUACUGAAAUGUUGAUUUUGAAUUUAGAUUUCUGUGGUAUGAUGAAGCUCUGAGCGUUCUGGUUCAGCCCUAGUUAAUUAUCCUCCAGGGUUAUUAUAUAAGAGUUACUUUUAUUCAGUUUGGGAGACACCCAAUCCUUUAUAUCAAACUGGUUAGACAAAUACUCGUCAACCCAUCGGGACUAACAGGAAACAAAAGAAAAGCCGGGAACUAGACUGACUAGAUCACACGUGUCAAACUUAAGGCCCGGGGCCAAAUCAGGCCAGUGGUGGAUUUAAUUUCGGCCCGCAGGAUAAUUU